AUGGAAAACUAUAAUAGCGCUAAAGUAGAAGAGCUCACAAGGAUGGGCUUCUCACUUGCAGACGUUCAGAAAGCACUAAAGCUAUGUGGGACUGGCUCUGACGCUGCAUUAAACUGGCUUGUAGAUAAAAACAAUCAAAGCCAUUAUGAGACGUAUAACACUCAGAAAGCAAUUAAUGAUCUGAAUGCCUUUGAGCCUCUAAACCCUGAAGAGCGUAUAAGGGUUGAAGGGACCCCAGUUGGCCUAAAAAACAUCGGAAACACAUGCUACUUUAACUCCUUAAUCCAAACCUAUUUUGCAAUCCCAGCUUUCGUAAAAGCAGUCAUGAGCUUUCAAAUCCCACAAAGGGUGACCAGCAGCAAAUUUCAGCUUCUUUCGCAGCUUCAAAAGCUUUUUGCUUUAAUGAUAGGAAGCAACAGAAAAUAUAUAGACCCUACCUCUGUCCUCAGCUCAAUUACAGAUGAUUUUGGAAAUAAAAUAGAAAUAGGGAGCCAAAGAGAUGUGGGGGAAUUUAAUAUGAUUUUGGUAUCAAGGAUAUCAGAAGCUAUGAGAAACCGUAAUAUAGACGACGAAUAUGAAUCAUAUAGAACUAGUUCAGGGAUGAUGGUAAAUUUAGAUGGACUGAUAUCUAAUAUGUUUUAUGGAAAGCAUAUAGAGUCUAUCACUUUCAAUGAAUUCGGAAGGAAGGCAACACAAAUAAACCAUGCAGUGUUUGGACAAAUCAACCUGGACGUCGAGUAUGGAGAUUUGUAUACAGCAUGGGAAUUUUCAAAAAGCACAAAAAUUGAAAAUUUUAUGACACCGAGUGGCAGUGAAACGACUGCAUGCCAGAGGGUGUGGAUUGAGAAUCCACCAUCUAUUUUAUUGUUUCACAUUCAAAGAGUGGCCUAUGAUAAACAAAAAAGAUCGCCUAUCAAAAUCAACAAGCGCUUUGAGUUUCCAAAAGUUAUACAUAUUGAUAGAUUUUUAUAUAAGAACAAACAGGAAUCUAAGAGGCAGCAUAAGACUUUGAAAAAUCUAAGAAGGCAAAUAAAAACAAUGGAAGAAACAAUAGAUUCUAUUACUAAAUACAAAAAUUCUGGGCUAGGCCUGCCUGAGAUAUUGCAGUUAGCCAGUGCAUUUAUAAAAGAAGAAUGCUCAGAAGAUGGGUUUCAGCAAGAUAAUUUAAGAAUCCUAGGGGACAAUGAAGUCGACAGCCAAACGUUGAAAGACCUUGCCAACUGGCUUGCUUAUCUACGAAAUUUGUGCCAGACUUCAAUGGAAAAGAAGAAGACUGAGCUAGAGAAAUUGAGAAAAGAGCUUGAACAGCAGUAUAAGGUUCCAGGUUUAAUGAAAACUCCAUACUACCUGCACUCCAUACUAAUCCACGAGGGCAGUGCUGAAGGAGGCCAUUAUUAUUCUUUUAUUUACGACUCAGAAAGAGGGAUUUGGAGGAAAUACAGUGAUAUAAGUGUAACUGAAAUUUCAGAAGAUGAAGUUAUGAGCAUAAGCCUUGGCGGUGAUGGCAGCUCCUCUGCAUAUUCCUUAGUAUAUGUAGACUCAAAGCUGAAGCCAGAGCCAAAAGACACCUUAUACUGCUCUUAUUCUAUUUUAUCAGAUUAUCCAGGAAAUGAUGACUAUUACACAUACCUGUCAGCUGAAAUGCUGAAUGAAAUAAAGGCUCAUAAUUUUGCAGAGUGAGAACAGCUAAAUGAGUUUGGAGCGAAUUCAGCAUUAAAAGAGAUCCAAAACCUCUAUACCUCUAGAUACACUAUGUGCGACACUCAGUAUUUAAGCUAUGAGUCUUUGAAGGAUAAGACUGCAGGAAACAUAAUGCAUGAGUUGAUAAAUUUCUCAGUGUUUUUGAGAAUUAAAGGUGAGUUGAUGCUAUGCAAGUGAUAUAUUCUUGACACUUGUGUGCAAGAAUACUACCCCGACAAAGGAUCCCUUAUCAACUAUAAUAAAAAUGACCCCAUCUAUUUAAAGCUCUGCCAAUUUUUCAUUAAUUCCUACAAUCAAGCACCCAAAUUCAUUGACUUAAGCCCGAAUAACUUGAAAUCCUUUGAGAAGUUUAAAAAAGAGUAUAAAAAUGUAAUGAAAGAAGCUUAUAUAACACUCUAUAUCUUAAACUAUUUAAACUUGGGCUAUUUUAUGGAUGCUUUGAAAUCUUUUGUAUAUCAGGCUCAGUAUCCUUCAGCUGAAAGAAGCUAUUAUACCGAUGUCAUGAGGGAUUCCCAAAAAGUGAUAAUUCUGAGAAUGGCAACCAUCGUAGUAACCGAUUUAGAAUCAGGACGAACAAGAAACGCAGUCGAAAUGAUAGGCCAUCUCACUACAAUAACCUGCUUUUCAUUAGACAGAAGUGACAUGCAUUAUAGGCAAAUAAAAAUCAUUGUUGAGUCUAUAUAUGCAGACAAGGAGAGAUUUAGGCUAGAUACUGAGGAUUAUACAAAGGUCAAGGCUUGUGUAGAAGCAAUGAAUUCUGGCAGCUGCACGAAUCCCACUUUUGAUUUGCAAAACUUUUCUGAAGGCUUUAAGGGUUUGUUAGAUCAGAUUGAAAAUUUCGAUGUGUGCGCCUGGAGGAAUGGGUGGACAAGAAAUGAAAUAGCGUCACAGUUCGUUGAGACAAUGAAUUUGUUCAAAAGGAAUUAUGAAAAAUGGUAUCAACUCCAUCGCAACUUUUCUAAGGGGUAUCAAAAGAUAUUAAGUCUAAAGGAGUACAGAGAAAUCUAA